AUGAGCCAGCUUCCUCCGAAGAGUCCUUUGGCAUCCCCGGUGUCAGAGGGCAGGAAUUCCAGGGUAGAGUCUUCGGACAACUUGUCAAUGGACAGUUUUUGGCUGGAAGUAGAGAACAUUAAACAGAGCGCUGAAGCCGAGCAAGAGGAAUGCAGCCUUGCAGAUGUCAAAACACAAGAGGAGGGAGAAGCUGAAGCCGAGUGGCUCCAGGACGCAGGUCUGUCCGACCUCCUCGGGGACCGUGCCUCGGACAACGACAACAUCGUGCUGCUCUCCACCCUGACCAAGACCCAGGCUGCCGCCGUGCAGCGGCGCUUGGAUACCUACUCCCGGUCUCGGAGGAGGAAGAACAAGCAUCCUGUGCGUGAUGUCCGAGACAUUUUUGGAGUGGUCAACUCCGAGGAGACAGCAGCAGAGAAAGAAGAGUCCAGCCCAGAUCAGUUGUGGCACAAUCUACGGACUUCAAAUGUACAGAAAUCAGAAACCCAGGAUUACUCCUGCACAGUUCGAAACCCUGGAAAAGAGGAGAUGUUCAACAUGGAUGUUGCCUACUCAGAGCAAGCGGCUGUCCUGCUCAAGGGAUCAUUCCUGUCUGAAUCUAGAAGAUUGAAGGAUGGAAAUGCCCUAACUAAAUUUAAGAUCCCCAAGGGCAGGCUAGGAGUGACCAGGAUUGGAGAUCUAUCCGCUCAGGACAUGAAGAAGAUCCCCACGCUGGCCCUUAUUGAACUAACAGCUCUCUGUGAUGUUCUGGGCUUUGAGCUGAAGAGAAACAAGGCAGCAAAACUGAAAACAACAGAGAAAAGACUCUUUGGAGUUCCACUCAACACUCUGUUGGAAAAUGACCAAAAACUGCUCCCCAACACCAAGGUCCCUCUGUUACUCCAGGCACUGCUGUCCUGUUUGGAAAAGAGAGGACUUGAAACAGAGGGCAUUUUGAGAGUUUCUGGGUCCCAGACCAGAAUCAAGAGUCUGGAACAGAAGCUAGAAAAAGACUUCUAUACUGGCCUUUUCCGCUGGGAUGAAGUCCACCAGAAUGACGUAUCUGGGCUACUGAAAAGAUUCAUACGAGAGCUGCCGGCCCCACUGCUGACAGCAGAGUACCUCCCUGCUUUUGCUGCUGUACAAAAUAUUCCAGACCUGAAGCAGAGAUUGCAAGCUCUAAACCUCCUGAUCCUGAUUCUGCCAGAGCCGAACAGAAACACUCUAAAGGCUCUGCUUGAAUUUCUCAGCAAAGUAAUUUCCAGGGAGAACAAAAACAAAAUGAACCUCUGGAACGUCUCCACAGUCAUGGCCCCAAACCUCUUCAUGCACAAGGGGCUGCCAAACAAGAUCCCUGAAGGGAAGGAGAAACAGCUGGCAGAGGGGGCGGCUGACGUGGUGCGGAUGAUGAUCCAUUACCAGGAGUUGCUCUGGACAGUCUCCUCUUUUCUGGUAGCUCAAGUGAGAAAAUUGAACGAGAGCAAUAGCAGAAGGUACCAGUUUUGUGACAAGCGAAUUAAAAACUUGUUGCGAAAGAUUCAUGCUGAUAAAGACAAAGUGGAAAAGAACCAGGCAGAGCCUUCCAAGAUUGUGAAAGUCCACGCUUCGCUUCUCCUGAAGGAUUCACUAGAGGUGCAUCUGAACAAUGCAACCCGAGUUGCUGAUGUCUUGAGGCAGUUUCAAAAGAACCUGUGCCAGAACGGCUGGAAUAUUGUUAACACUGUCAGCCUCCUCAAGUGUAACAACUCAAUGGAGUGCACAAACUUGCUCCUGUAUGAAGUGGGAGGCAAUAUUGGUGAACAUUGCCUGGACCCAGACGCUUACCUCUUAGACUUGUACCACAUCAAUCCCCAUGCUGAGUGGAUAAUUAAGCAAAACCCAUCUUAUCCUCGGAUGUUCUAAGGAAAGCGUGAGCAAAACAAAGUAUUUGAUGGAAGCUUUUGGAAGGCAUGGAAAAGCUAUAGAGAUGUUCCUGAUAUAG